AUGCACGCGGCGCUCGGCAACCCGCGCUCGGUCUCGUCCUCGUCCGGCCCGUGCCCCCCGCCCCCCGCCGCGGCCCGGCUGCAGCCCCUCUUCCUCCGGGGGGGCGCCUCCCGCGGCCGGAGAGGCUCGGGCGACAGCAGCACCAGCACCAGCACCAGCCGCGGGGGAGGCGGCGGCAGGCGCGGCGGGGGCGGCGGCGGCUCCCCCGGCAGCAGCACCGGCGCGGAGAGAGAGGACGACGACGACAGCAUCAGCAUCAGCAAGCCGCUCGUGCCCGCCGCCGCCGCGCUCCCGGGACCCCCGGCCCAGGGGGCCGCCCCGGCCGCCGACCCCGCACCCGCCGCCUUCUCCUCCGCCGCCGCUUCCUCCUCCGCCUCCACGCCCACCUCCUCCUGCAGCAUGACCGCGGCGGACUUCGGCGGCGGCGCCGCGGCGGGGGCCGUCGGGGGUCCUGGGGGUCCCGGGGGCCGCGCGGCCGGGGGCGGGGGCGGGGGCGGGGGCGGCCCCGGGGCGGGCGGCGGCGCGUCCUGCUGCUCGUGUUGCUGCUGCUGCUGCUGCGGCCGCCCGGGCCGCUCGGGCCGCAGGGGUGGGCGCCGAGGCUGCGCCCCCCGCCCCGGGUGCCGCUGGGGCUACCAGGCGCUGUCCGUGGUGCUGCUGCUGGCCCAGGGCGGCCUGCUGGACCUGUACCUCAUCGCCGUCACCGACCUGUACUGGUGCUCCUGGAUCGCCACGGACCUGGUGGUGGUGGCGGGCUGGGCCAUCUUCUUCGCCAAGAACAGCCGGGGCCGUCGGGGCGGCGCGGCGGGCGGCGCGCACACCCACUACCAGCACCACCACCACGCGGCGCCGCCCCUGCACCUGCCCGCCGCCGCCGCCGGGGCGCCAGCCGGGGCCAAGGCGCGCGGCGGCCGCGGGGGCGCAGGCGGCCCGGGGGGCGGCCCGGGGGCUGCCGGGGCGGCGGGCGAGUUCGCCUUCGCCUACCUGGCCUGGCUCAUCUACUCCAUCGCCUUCACGCCCAAGGUGGUGCUGAUCCUGGGCACGUCCAUCCUGGACCUCAUCGAGCUGCGCGCGCCCCUGGGCACCACCGGCUUCCGACUCACCAUGGCGCUGUCGGUGCCUCUGCUCUACAGCCUGGUGCGGGCCAUCAGCGAGGCGGGCGCCCCCCCCGGCUCCGCGGGACCCCUGCUCCUGCAGCCGCAGCAGCACCGAGCCGCCGGCUGCUUCCUGGGCACGUGCCUGGACCUGCUCGACAGCUUCACGCUGGUGGAGCUGACGCUGGAAGGCCGCGUGCUGCUGCCUGCGCACCUGCGCUACCUGCUCAUCGCCGUCUACUUCCUCACCCUCGCCUCGCCGGUGCUCUGGCUCUACGAGCUCAACGCCGCGGCGGCCGCGCCGUCCUGGGGCCCGGCUCCGGGGCCGGGCAGCUGUGGCCGCCUGCUGCGCCUGCUGGGCGGCUGCCUGGUGGACGUGCCGCUGCUGGCGCUGCGCUGCCUCCUGGUGGUGAGCUACCAGCAGCCGCUCUCCGUCUUCAUGCUCAAGAACCUCUUUUUCCUCGCCUGCCGAGGCCUGGAAGCCCUCGAGGGCUGUUGGGACCCGGGGAGUCGGGCGUCCCCCAGCCGGGGAAGAGGGGGCUACGGAGCUCCGCCCUCUGCCCCGCCGCCGCCGCCACUGCCCGCGCAAGGAGGCUCCCAGCUAGGCCACUGCAUCUCGGAGAACGAGGGGGGCGCCCACGGCUAUGUCAAUACCCUGGCUGUGACGUCCCAGAAUUGAGGAGGCCUGAGGGACAGGGGCUUGCUUUGCGCCUUGUCCUUUGACCGUCUCUCACCCGGAUUCCAUCAGGCUCUAUUUGGAAGACGGAACCGUUGGUUGGGCUAAGGGCUGCUGUGUCCUGCAGCCUUCUGGUCAACAGCUUGGAGGGAGAUGAGCAGCUAAUGGUGACGGAGGAAGAGCCACUUACUGCUCUGUUCUCCCUUCUCCUGCCCUACCCUCAUCCAGCCUCAGGGGUCCGGGUACUUCUGCUUCUUGCUUUUCCCACCGCCAUCCUAAGUCUUGUACAUUGUGGGGGAAAACGGAGGACACGGGGUGCCCAGACAGGGGUGCUGGGCCUUAAGCCUUUCCCCUCGCUUGGAAGUGCCAGCUUCUUAUAGGCUGUGGCCUUGUGCUCGUUGUCCCACGCCUUGAAACUGAUCCAGAAUCCACUGUUCCCCUGGUGGGUCUCUUUGGAUUUUUUUUUUUCCCAGAUGGUAGGUGCAAAGUCUGUCUGUGUGUGUAGUAUAGUUUUCUUGUGUCCACACUGUGGCCCCUUGCAAUCAGUAGGAGAUCUGGGGAGGCCCUGUCCUUCCCGCCACACACAGGACCGCCCUCUUCAUUUCUACCUGAAUUUGUGGCCAUGAAUUCCCAGAAAGAGCUGGGCUCCUGCGAGCUGCCCAGUUGCUCCCCUCCAAGGGAGAAGCUCACCCAGGAUCUUCCUCAAUUCCACUCCUCUCUUCUCAGCUUGGAGGCAGAGAGGGUCCAUACACUAAUGACCAAACUGCACCCUUUCUUGGGUGAGUGAGCAUUUCUACCUCCGUGCUUUCAACUUUUGUUGCAUCGUGCACUGAUGCUGCUUGCAAAAAACAAAGGCAAAAUACUCAGAAGUUACAUUCAACAUGGCCACUGGAUCCAGCUGGGGUUUGGUGCCAGUCUUAUUACAGGGUCUGUGGAGUAUCAGCCAUUGGCUUGCCCUCCCGCUCUCGCUUCCUCUGCACCCCGAACUCUUACUCCUCCCAAGGUUUGUUGCUGACUGGGUCAGAUCUUGGCUCAGAAUGACAGCUUUGGUGGGGUUCCUGGAUAGAUGUGAUGUUGGGGUUCCCAUUGCUCAAGGGAAUCCAUUCCCCAUCUGUCCUUCCUCUAGGAAGCCUGGUAUAGAUCAGAAAGGGUGAUGAUGACCUUUGUCCUCUACUCUGGUUAAGGGAAUUUCUAAGGAGAAGGCAGGCUGCAUGGAGAGGCUGGGCAAAUCCUCCCCCUGCCCUGCCUUCCUCCCUAGUAUUCUUGAGAUGAAUGACAAGGGACACCUAGGGGUUGCCCGCUUAUAGUCUCCAUGUAGGACAUCACUCUUAGAAUCUUUGAGGAUGGGUAAGUAUUUUUAGGAGAGGUAAGAGUGCUGGAGGACAGUUGGCAGCAAGGCCAGGAAAUACUCACUUUCUUCCACCCCAACUAGGAUGGGGUGGGGGACAAAACUGUAAGAAUUUUUGUUUCCUGUCCCCCCUCCUUAUACUUCGUGUGGUGUAAUGAACCCUGGACAAAGGACCAGAAGUCAUGGGUUGUAGUUUUGACUGUCACUCACUAGCUUUGAGUGAUACAUCACUUUUGCUUUCUGGGCCCCAGUUUUUCACUUGGGGCCCUUCUCUCUCAACUUCCUGGGGGUUUGUUGACAAAAGACAUCCAUAUAGACAAGACACAGAGGGGUUGGUAUCUUGAUCAGAGUUCUGAGCCUCCCCUACUGUCACAGUGGGGAACAACAGAGGAAAAAUGUUUACUCUCAGUGGAUUGUCUGUGCUUUCAGCCCCUCACCCUACCAGGUCCAAUAUUAGGGGGUUUGAUUUUGCAACUAGUCUUUUUUUUUCUGCCUCCUCCUCCCCAUAUCCUUUCCCUUUGAAUUCUCUGUGCUCAAAGUUCUCCACCCAGAC